AUGCCUAAAAGUUUAGCGCUGCAUGCGUUCGAUGCGAAGGCGUACCCAAGCCGCUGCUGGGAGCCGUGUGAGAGAAGGUAUCGCAAGCUGCGGUAUCCAUCCGCCAAAGACUUCAACACGGCGCCCAGCCAUAUUGCUAACUUGGCCUGCGCUUCAACGCUCUCCAGCUUCAAUACGUACGUAUCCUCCGUUAUUCGGGUAAACGCGCUCAGCUACUCGGGCAUAUUCAGGUUCAUCCCGUCGCUCGUGUACUCGCUGAAGGCGCGGAUCCGUAGCGGUUUCCAGGCCCCGUUCGCCAACGUCUCACUCAACUUGGUAUUAUCGAGCAUCCUGGUGGAGCGGCCCGUGAUUAUCGGCAGUAAGCAGCACCCCAUGUGGGCCAACGGCGACUUCCAGGAGUAG